AUGGAAGGAAAGCAGAGAAACCACAGAUUAUUCCUAAAUCUGGGGCUUGAGCAAAUAGGUGGUUGGUAUAGGGGAAGCCAGGCUUUCUGUUUUAGAUUGUUACACAUGCCAUUCAAGUAUAAAUAUCAAGGAGAUAGUUGGAUAUAACAGGCUGGAGCUUAGAGCUAGAUCUAAAUUUGAGAGUUGUCAGUAUAUUGAUGUAGUGAUAUUUACAGCCAUAGUACUAAUUUUUUAAAUACAACUUGUUAAUAUGAAAGGUGAAGUUUUACAUGUGGAACCAAAAGGGGUUUUGUGGGGUUUUUUUUUUUGGCUGCAGUACAAGGCUUGUGGGAUGUUAGUUCCCCAACCAGGGAUGGAACCCGCGCCCCCUGCAUUGGAAGCGCAGAGUCUUAACCACUGGACCGCCAGGGAAGUCCCGCCACAAGGAGUUUUUGUGGACAAACUUCUCUUGCCCCAUAAAUUAAGUGCAAUGCCCAACACUGAUGGAAUUGGAGUCCCUUCUGCCAUUGGAUAGUGCUGUGUCAUCCCAGAUGGAGCUACUGCAUCUCACAGGCCAGAUUAAGCCAAAAUGUGAUCCUUGGCAAAAGAAGCUUUUGACCAAACUAAAAGAACGGAGAACAGAUGUAUUAAUGCAACUCCAAGCAAAGUUUUUGAAGAUUUCCAACCCUGAGAGAGUAAUGCAAGUGCUCCAAGAUCAUGCUGCAAAAACAGUCUCGCUGGCUUCGUCUCAUCCAACAUUUGUGGCUUCCCAGGGUUUGCAUCAGGGCAACUAUGACCAAAUCUGGGAGACUGUUUAUAGCAACAUCAACCUCUACCAGAAUGAAAACAUGAAGGAAGAUGAUCUUUCAGUGGAGCGAGAUGAAAAUGACCCAGCACAAAUAAGCCUUAGCCAGUGUGCUGAUGAACCUGUCAAGCAGAAGAAAGAGACAGGUUAUGCAGUGGCCCUACAACUGCUGGGCUUGGAUGACGGGACUGGGCCCAUUGAUAGAGAUCCUGUCCUGAUGAGGGGGACCUACUUGUCCUUUCUGUAUCUGCGCCACCUGAGGAUCAGGGAGCUGCAGCGCAUCUGCUUAGGAAUUCUGAACUGUUUUAGACCUGUUGAGCGAACACUGACGAUCAACACUUCAGGCCUUACCUUGGUUGCAGGGAGUCUGGUCCCCACCUCAGAAGAUAGUUUCUGGGUAAAUGUGGCAAAAGGAGGCUUGGGCACCUCGCAAGGCCUGAGCGCUCACCACUGUGCCCAUGGGACAUCUGCCGAGCACAAGCUUCAUAGAGAGACCUGUCUCUGGUCAUUUUCAUCCAUUUCUCUACCAGGUCACAAAGAGGGCAGCGAGUCAAAUGUUGACCAGGACUGGGGAUGGGCCCAUGCAGGUAUGGACAGAUUUGCUGUGCUGUAUGACAUGUGGACUUGGGAAGCAACUCUUCUAGAAAACAAGCGCCAACUUCUUGGCAAUUACUCUGAAGCCUACCAGCAUGUGUUGGACCCAGAGGAGAGGUUUGCCUUAGCACAAGUGAUCACUGACGUCAUACACAGGUGCCCAAGGUUUGAUCUCAGCUACCCUUACUUCAUUAAGGCCUACCGAGAGGAAUGCACCUGCCUGAGGCUUCACCUGCAGCUGGUGAGGGGCAUCCUUACUCCCAGUCCAGAAUCUGGGUUUUCUAGGGCAGCACGUACACGAUGUUUAUUUAUAGAGUGUCAGUGGGAGUAUGUCCAGAGGCUUUGGCGUGAAGGCCAUCCAGAUGCUAGCAAUACAUUUGGACUUCCCCUUAACAUAAUUUGCAAAUAACUCAUUUCCAUCAACAAUAGCUGCCCAGCUUUGACAAACAUUUACCUGCUGGAGUUCCACCCUUCCCUGGGCCUGGCUUUGCGCAUCCCCAGAGCCCUUGAGCACCUCCUCAGGGAGGCCUGCCACACCUGCAGGCCCACAUCAGCCAUUGCCCUCACCUUGCUAGAGAGACACAUGCUGCAGCUGGCCCUGGAUGUGUGGCUCACUCCAGCCAAGCCCAAGUCCUUGUACAGCGCACAGCUCCAGAAAGACCUGUUUUCAGCUAAAGUGAUGGGCGAUCCCUUCCUCGUGGGGGAGAUAGGCCUGCUUGCAUUCAAGUCUGCAGCAGACGUAGGACAGAACCAAGGCCAAGAUUCUCAUAUGCUGCUCCUACAGACAUUUUCCAAACUUUUGGAACUCUUGACCCUCUGGCAUAGGCUGAUAGAGAUGAGUCUGGGGAGUGUACACUUAGCACGGUCAUCUUACAAGGACUUGGCAUGUGAGAUGGGUUUUGAAGAGUUCCAUUUGUAUCUGAGGCCUGUUCACUUUGAAUUUGCAUCACACGAAGACAAGGUGGUCCAUCCACCUCCUGUCUUUAUUAUCUCUCUGCUGGAGGACAGUGACCAUGUAGAUAGAUACAGAGCAAUUAGGCCUGGAGCCUGCCUUCAUGGGAUGAAACACUGCUUAUGGACAGACCAAAUUCAGCUCUUGUUCCAUCCGGGAGUGGAAAAUAUGCAAGUGACCCUUGCAUGCCAAGCUACUCAGAAAAAUGCUUUAAUGGUGGCUGUCCAGCAGGCGUCCUUCUAUCACACUCCCUGAGGGGCCCAUCACGCUGAUGUCAAGGUCAGCCUGUAAGAUAGAGAAGCCUGAGGCGUGCUACCACUACCGCCAGCUACUGUCAGGCUGCCCCAUUCUUUCCUCCCUCCCCCUUUCCCUCCCUCCUGUCUGAGAAAUCAUAGUGGAAUGGGUCCAACCAGAAGAAGAAAUUCCAGAACUGUGAAUGGCAUAGAAAGCAUGCUGUUAGCUGCAACUCCAAAAGUCCCAGACACACUUAUUCAUCCUUCAGAAAGAUUCCAGGCUACCAAAAGGGAUCUGGAAGCUUUCGCGUCUAUUCAACUAGAAAAGGUGGGGCUGCGGGACAUUAUGCUGAACGCCUUCCUCCUCAGGAAACAAGCCAUGGCUGACAGAAUGAAGAACCUCGUGAGUGUAGUAAGAAGGGCUCCCUAA